AACACUUUCUGGAGGAAUGAAGAGGAAGUUAUCUGUUGGAAUUGCCCUUUGUGCGGGAAGCAAUGUGAUCUUUUUGGAUGAGCCAACCUCAGGCAUGGAUCCAGGAGCUCGGAGGAUCAUCUGGGACCUCUUGCAGCAGGAGCGACCUGGCCGUACCAUCCUCCUGACUACACACUUCAUGGAAGAGGCUGACCUCCUAGGUGACAGAAUUGCCAUUAUGGCUAAUGGAGUUGUGCAAUGCUGUGGGUCAUCCCUGUUCUUGAAGAAGAAAUAUGGUGCUGGUUAUCGUCUAAUCAUUGUUAAAGAAAAAGGCUGUAAGGUAGAUGCUAUCACGACUGUCCUUCAAAGUCACAUACCCGAUGCAGAACUUGACCAGAAUGUUGGGGCUGAGCUCUCUUAUGUUCUUCCCAAUGCAGAUGUAGCCAAAUUUGAAGCUUUGUUCUUGCAGCUGGAAAACAGUCGAAAACAGUUACAAAUAUCCAGUUAUGGAGCCUCCCAGACCACAAUGGAUGAAGUAUUUUUAAGAGUUGGGGAGUCUGUCAAUGUGGAAGAUGUAAAUGACAUACCAAAACCAGCAUUUAUAAAAGCUAAGAAACACAAAGCAAGUUCUUUGAUGCUUGACCAAGAAAAUGGACUUCUGCUUCAGCAUAGUGACAAUUCUGUGGAGCAAAUUGAUUUAGACCCUGAGCAGAGUUAUGAAGGGAAGACUGUAGGAGUUUGGUUUAAUGCAGCCCUGCAGCACAUCAGACUUGCAGUUGACCAUGUUUUGGAUGGAAUGCACAAAGCCUUGGUUAAGUUGAUCCACUUCAUGUCUUUUCCUGCUUUAAUGCUACUUGCAUGAUACUUACAACUGCAUGUUGUGUU